AUGAGCCACACCUGGCGCAAAUCUGUCGCCAGGAUCCUCCAGCGGCUGCUGGUCAGCGUCCCAGAAGUGGACUCGGGACAAAUCGACCUUGAGCUUGAUGAAGCUGUAGCGGCCGAAGAUUUUAGAGUCGUGGAGGCAUCGCUGGGUCAGCUGGCCCUUGAUGUCCUUCUCGAUCGCCUGCAGGUCUGCCUUGGCGGCCUCGUUCUGCUCGAGACACAGGGGGAGUCGCCGGGCUUCCGUCUCGCUGCCGUAGGGGCUGGGGUGCCACAAGAUGCGCAGCCACUCGUGGGACCGCCAGGCCUCCGCGCACACCGGGAAGAACUUGCCGCCACGCUGGUUGGUCGUAAGCUCACCGAGCUUGAGUACCGUUUUGGGCUCCAUCGCUCCUUCUUUUUUCACGACAAGAAAAAAAUGCCGGCCACCGUCGCCACCGCGGAGUGCGUGGUGGCCCUGGCGUGCUUGCUGGUCCUGUGGGUAACGAGUCUUGACAGCAACCCAAAAGCCAGCCCAACCAUCUGCUCCGACAUCCUGCAAUGGGACUACAAGGCCUUCGAGCCCGGGCACUUCGACGCAGUGUGGGCCUCGCCCUGCUGCACCGAGUUCAGCAUCGCACUCAAGAAGCGCCCCCGCAACCUGCCGCUCGGAGAUGCCCUGGUGCUCAAGACCCUGGAGGUCAUAGACUACCUCAAGCCUCGGUGGUGGGCCAUCGAAAACCCGAGCACCGGGCGCCUCAAAACCCGCCCCUACAUGCAAGGGCUGCACAUGGACCGGGUCACGUACUGCAAGUACGGCUUCCGCUACAAGAAGCCCACGGCCAUCUGGCACAACUUGCCCUGGACCCCCUCCCAGGGGCCCUGCCGCAAGGGCGACCGCUGCGAGGCCUUCCAAGGAACUCGGCACCCCGAGGCCGCGCAGCGAGGGCCCACCAAGGGGCGGCAGGGGAGCAACUCGCGGGACCAGCUCUACUCCAUCCCGCCUGUGCGUCUCUUCAAGACGCCUGAGUACUCCGUCAAGCAGCCGCCUGACCCCGUGGUUUGCAAGCCCCCCGCCAACGGUAUUUUGUGUGCUCCAUCUGCAAGCGGAAAGACGGUACUCCUUGUGAGCAUGAUUUUGGAGCAAUACCGGGGCUGCUUCGAGCGCAUCUAUAUCUUAUCGCCCUCGGUGGAGGUCGACUCUGCCUGGCAGCCUGUCAAGGAUUACAUCCGAGACGAGCUGGGCGUGAAUACGGACCGGGAGCAGUGCUGGUGGGAGGAUUGGGACGAGGGGGCGCUGCGGAAGAUCAUCGCGGACCAGAAGCGCAUCACCCAGAAGAGCAAGGAGCUGGGCCUCAAAAAACUGUACUCGGUCUUGGUAGUUUUGGAUGAUCAUGCCGAUAAUCCAGCUGUGCACCGCAAGACGGGAGAUGGCGUUUUGGACACUCUGUUCAUCAGGGGCAGACAUUUUUGCAUCAACACCUGGGUCUCGACCCAGAAGCUGCGUCUUAUGAGCUCCGCCGUGCGGGUCAACGUGAUGUUCUACUGCGUCUUCCGGUUGCGAAACCAACUGGAGCUGGAUGCCUUGGUGGAGGAGCUGAGCGCCAUGCUCCCGAAAGAAACCCUCUACGCCAUGUACGAGGAGGCCACCAGGGAGCCCUACAGCUUCUGGUUCGUUAACCUCCGCGCGCCCAAGGAAGACAUGUUUUGGGUGCGCUUCGACCGGAAGUUCUUGCUAAAUGGGGACGCUCCUGAGCCAGAUGGCGGCCAAGUUGUUGGGGGGAGGCCCCGGCAAACCUCCGACGGCUCCAACGCCAGCGAGUUCUCGGCGCGCCGUUCUAAAAAGGGCAUGACGAGUAUCUACGUGGACUCGCGCCUCCGCGCGGAGGGCACGGACAGCAGCUUCUCCUUCGACAUCGGUGAGAGUGUGCACAUUCAAUCCGGCGCCAAACUUGCGGCGUACAAGGUCCGCGUUGCUGACGCCUUUUUGAGCACGGACCGCGGGACGUUCUUGUACUGGGAGGACACGGUCGCCGGCACCCUGCAUUACGCGGAGCUCCCGGUGGGGGCGUACACAGGGCCGCGAUUGGCUGCGUGGAUCAGCAGCAACUUCGCUUCCGCCAGCUACACCGCCGAGACAAAUGAGCUCGACGUGACCUACGACGGCGUGCGCCUCAUCCUCAACGAUGCCGAGCUCCGGCAACGCUUCCCAGGCACGGCCCCCUACCCGCCGGGCGCCUCGCCCAGCAAGCCCCUGUCCAUCAACCACCUCCUCGGCCCCAGCUACCUCACAGGCUCUGUGCAGCGCUUCGUCUUUGUGACGAUGAAUCCGUUCUCAGAACUGUACCUCAGGUGCCCAACACUGGCCAACGGGGAGACGACGGUGGGCCCGUUGGGGCACGACAUCCUCUGCAAGAUCGUCGUUUCGAAAGGCGUGGGCCACGUCAUGGAGACCGAGACGUCAGAGGGGCACUGGGUUCAGCUGCACGGGCCCAUAACCCUGCGUCAGUUGCGCUUCAAGCUCACCGACUACCAGGGCAACAUCGUGAACACUCGAGGCACCAGCAUUUCCUUUGUGGUUUUCCUCGACACCGAACGAUAA